GCCGGUGAAAAGAAAAGAGUAUAACCGGUAGAUCCGGUAAGGGGGAAAAAGGUCAAUAUAGACUAAAAAGGGUUUAAGCAACAACAACAAAAAAAACGUGGUCGUCUUUGUUAAGGGUUUUUGAGGCGUUUCAGAGAGAGAGAGAGAUUAGUUUUUUUUUGGUUGUGGUGGUGAGAGAGAAGAUCGCAUCGUGUGGGUAGCGUUUCAAACAAGUUAAUAAAAAAAAAAAAAACGUCACUUUCUUGGGAAUAACACAAGGAAGAAGAAAAAAGGGGGUGUUGUUUGGUGUGUGAGUCCCCUUCCUUUGCGUUUUUGUCCUUUUUUUUUCUUUUUUCCCGAUCUCGCAAUUGCCGUGUUAUUCGCCGGAAUAUUCAAGGUUUGAGAUUUUCUAAGGUUGCGAAUUACACUUUUAAAGGAUUUCGUUGGUUGGUUUUGUUGAUAAUAAGCCAUUGAUCAACAAAACAUCUUUCUGUGUGCCAAAAUCACAUCAUCGUGUUAUGCAUUCUGAGAAAUGGUGUCGCAUAAGUGUGUAGAACAAUUUGGAUACAAAGACUCCCUCUUACCUCCCAAUGCAAGAGCACCUAGAUCCGCCCGAAGGCGCAGUAUCGAGAAGACUGUAGUAAGUGAAGAUGAUAACAUGUGUGCCAUUGAUUUGUUGGCCACUGUAGCUGGACACUUGUCAUUUGAGAGCGGGAGUUCUCUCAUGUCUGUCGACAAACUGAUUGAAGAUCAUCGUCUAGUUACACAGAAUAGCGUAAAGAUGGAGUUCCCUGAGGAAGAUACACCUCUAAUGCCACCAGUAGCUUUAUUAUCCCAGGUUAAUUCUUAUCAGGGAUCUUUAAGCCCCUGUGGAUUCAGUUCUGUGAUUAAUGGCAAAGUAGAGGAUGAGGCAGAGGGUUUUAGUUACUCUGGUGGUGGUGGUGGUGGUGGUAGUGAUGCUUUUCAAGUCGGCAACUUCAGUGAAGAUGUAAAACCGGGUAUAGAUGGCGAUGCUGUAGUUCUGGAUGCGAGGCCUAAUGUUGUAGUUAGUUUAGGUGGUAGUAGUAGUAGAACCGAAGUGCCAUCUAUUGGGAACUGUGCUUCCCAUGGCGUUCGGGAUGAUGUAAAUUUGUUUAGUAGAGAUGAUGAUGAAAACUUUUCUGGGUACAUUCGCCCUCGUGUUACUAAAAAUUCACCUAGGACUGUGCCGCGUAUAGGGGACAGACGAAUCAGGAAGAUAUUGGCUUCUAGACAUUGGAAAGGAAGUUCAAGACAUGCAGAUACGAAACCGUGGAGAAAUUAUUACUCGCAACAUCAGAAGAGCUAUCCUAUUAAGAAGAGGAAAUACUUUGACCACAUAUCUGAUUCCAUGACUGAUGAUUACCGUUUGCGCACUAAGAUGCAUAGAGGCAGCAGAAAGGUAUCUUCGAUGAAAGGCCAUGGUACAUCUUUUGUGUCAAGCGACGCCCAUGUGAAACUACGGAUCAAGUCGUUCAGGGUGCCUGAGCUAUUCAUAGAGAUUCCAGAAGAUGCUACCGUUGGCUCCUUGAAGAGAAUGGUGAUGGAAGCAGUGAGCACUUUACUGAGCGAUGGACACCGAGUUGGUCUGAUGGUUCAAGGGAAAAAAGUCCGAGAUGAUAACAAAACCCUUCAUCAGACUGGGAUCUCUCAGGAUAAUACCCAGUUGGAUUCACUUGAUUUCAGCCUUGAACCCAGCUCAGAAAUGCCUCAACUGUUAACUAGUCACCCAUCGGGACAUGCUUAUGAGGAGGUGCUACCUGUGUGCCAAGCUGCUAACUUGGACAAUGUGUUGGGAUCUGACUAUCAUGACGCAGCAUUAUUCCCAUCUGACCCAUUGGGCAAUAAUAACAUGACAGAAGAUUUGAAAGCUAUGAUUCCUGAGGCGCUCACUGACUUGUCUCCUGGACCACUUUGUCGUAAACCUAAAAAAAGUGAACAGCAGCAGCAGCAGCAGCAGCAGGCUGCACAGCGCAGAAUCCGUCGACCUUUCUCAGUUACUGAGGUAGAAGCACUUGUUCAAGCAGUUGAGAAACUCGGUACUGGAAGGUGGCGAGAUGUUAAGGUUCGUGCUUUUGAGGAUGCAGACCACCGCACCUACGUUGAUCUCAAGGAUAAAUGGAAAACGCUGGUCCACACGGCUAAGAUAUCUCCACAACAGAGAAGAGGAGAGCCAGUGCCGCAGGAACUUCUAGACCGAGUCUUGAAUGCCCAUGGCUACUGGACACAGCAACAAAUGCAGCUGCAGCAGAAUGUGAACAAACAGCAGCAGGAGACACCAUCUCAGACAGAGGGUAUGCUGCUUCUGAAUUGAAACUUGGUGCAGCCUGGAGGUCGUCUCUCCUUUGUGUAUUACUAGUGUUGAUGAUAUGUAAGAUUCUGACAUAGAUGCAAAGAUUUGGUCUUUUUACUUGUUUCUUUAACUUUGUUUUUUUUUUCUAUUUCUUGUAAACUUUCUCAAUGUAAAGUUUUUUAACUGGAAUAAGGUUUAUCUGACCAGUUUAGGGCUUUUAGAGGGAUCAGUUUGUACAUCUUUUGUCACAUUCUCAUUCUCUUUAUAUAUUUCAUCUAGGACUUUUUUUUAUUAUU